AGUAAGUUGUUAGUUUUACUCGCAGUAAAAGGAAAAGAAAACUAUAUUAUUACUUGUAAAAAUUUAUUAACAUGAAGUACUACGGAAUUAUUGUAGUAGGAAUUGUUCUUGCAGCGGUUAGUUGUGAAGAAUUGUAUUCUGAUAAGUACGAUGUUUUGAAUGUCGAAGAAGUUCUUGCUCAUGACGAACUGAGAGAUACCUACUACAAUUGCUUUAUGGAUCAAGGUCCUUGUCCUGAAGAUGCUGGUUAUUGGAAAGGUAAUUUUCCCGAAGCGGUCGUAACAAACUGUAGGAAAUGUACCGAAUGGCAGAAAGUCACAUUCGAUAAAAUCGCAGACUGGUAUUCUUCGCACCAACCAGACAACUGGAAUUCGUUGAUCGACAAAAUGCUGCAAGAAGCUAAAGCCAGAAAUAUUGAAGACCGCAAAUCAAUGAACAUGUACUUCAAAGUAUUUAUCCUUGUUAUUUUGUGCGCCGGCAUUGGAUUUGCUGAAGAAAAAUACUCCGACAAGUACGAUUACAUUAAUGUCGACGCUAUUUUGAGGAACCCGAGGCAACGGGAUAGCUAUUACAAUUGCUUCACUGAGAUGGACCGUUGUAAAACUGCCGACGCUAAAUUUUUCCGUGAUCGUUUCCCAGAAGCAAUCAUUACAAACUGCAAAAAAUGUACUCAAAAGCAACUGGAAAACUUCGAUAAGCUCACAGACUGGUACACAACACACGAAUUGGACAAGUACAAUGCCCUUGUUGAAUUAGCGCUCAAAAAAUUCACCAAGAAGAACUAGA